UUUACCAGCGACGCCCUGGAAAAUCUUGCACGCGCCAGUCGUGUUUUCUCUGUAGUGUGUCCUCUUUUAUAAAGCUUGUCAUACCUGCAUGUUUAUCUAGUUCACACUGCAUAGUCUCUAUAAUGGCGUCCAAACGCCGGCCGGGGGAGAGUGUGAAGCCGGAGAAGAAGAGGAAGAGGAAGAGGAGUUGUGAGGAACCAGCGGAACUCUGCUCAGUGUUGGAAGACCAGCAGGUGAAGCAGACUGUCAGGGAGGCGUGGGGCCAGAAGACUGCCUGCACCCAGGGGGAUCUGGAGUUGGACUGCCACCCUUUCCCUCAUUGCAUCAUCAGGAACUUCCUCAGCAGCGAGAGCUUCGUGGAGAACCUGCAGAGAGAACUGCUGCAGCUCAACUUCCACGAGAAGUCCAACGAUCUGUACAAAUUUAAACAGUCAGAUGACCUAAAGAAGAGAACAGAGCCACACAUCGCAGGACUGAGGUCAGCGCUGUUUGGGCGUUUCCGCUCCUGGCUGGGGGAAGUGUUGGGGGUAGAGCUGGAGGCCACAGUGGAUAUUUCUUGUGCCAAAUAUGAAUACACAGAUGUUCUUCUGUGUCAUGACGAUGAGUUGGAGGGGAGGCGUGUUGCCUUCAUCCUGUAUCUUGUGCCUCCGUGGGAGGACAGCGACGGAGGAACCCUCGAUCUUUACACCACAGACAGUAAUUUCCAACCGGAGAGCAUAGUGAAGUCACUCGUACCCUCUUUGAACACACUCGUCCUCUUUGAAGUUUCUCCAGUCUCCUUUCACCAAGUGUCAGAGGUUUUGACAGAGGACAAGUGUCGUCUGUCUCUGAGCGGCUGGUUUCACGGGCCCUCUUUGGAGCGUCCUCCUCGCCACAUAGAGGCCCCCGUCCCACGGAGCCUACACUUACCCAGAGACGAAACACUGCUGAUGGAAUGGGUCAAUCCAAUGUACAUGGACAUCUCCUACCAAGAGCAGAUCCAGGAGGAGUUUGAGGAGAACUCUGAAAUUCAACUCAAAGAUUUUCUCCAAGAGGAGAAGUUCAGGGAGGUGAGGGAAGCCCUGCGACUCUCUCAGAUUCAGUGGACGAAGAGAGGUCCGCCUAAUAAGAGGUGCUAUGAAGCAGCCUCUCUGGACACUCUGCCUCAGUGUUUGAGUGAAUGUUUGGAGCUGCUUCGUUCAGAGGCUUUCUUCCUGCUCCUCUCCAACUUCACCGGCCUUCGAUUGCACUACCUGUGUCCUGCCGAUGAUGAGGAUGAAGAUGAAGAUGAAGAGAAAAAGGACAUACAGGAUGGAGAAGCCACGGGGUCUUCAUCCGAACCAUCAUCAGCGAAUACGAGCAGAGAGAAAGAGCCGAGCAUACCUGUGUGUUGUGGUGAAGUGCGUCGAUGGGCUCCUGGCGGAUACACACUGUUGCAUGAUGCAGAAGCAGCGCAGGCAGAGUACGCUCUGGAUCUGGUCUUACCUUUCUGUGGUGCAGACUGGCAGUCAGAGUUUGGGGGCUUCACGUGUUAUGUUGCUAACGAAGAGGAUGAGGAGCUCCUGACAGUUUAUCCAGAGGAUAACUCCCUCGCCCUGGUCUACAGAGACAAAGAAACCCUCAAAUUUGUCAAACAUGUCAACCACAAAAGCUUGUCUGAGUCUGCUGACAGUUCUACCCGCAGAGCUUUUUAUGACUUCUCUUUUGUGUACUAUGAAUAAAUAUAUAUAUAUUUUAUAACUAUCUAUUGUGUCUCUUGACAUCUUUGUGUCAUCUUCCUAAAAUGUAGUGUACAUGUUUAACACAAACAGUAACAUGUACAGAUUCACAGGUGCUGCCUUUCUUCUUGGGAGCUAUUUGGGUUUAGUGUUUUGAACAAGGACACAACAUUUUUUAUUUUAUUAAAAUCAUUUAUUGAUAUUAAAGAGUGGUCAAAACAAACUACAAGGUGACAUAACCUUUUACACCAAUUUUAACUCGCUCUUAUUUAUAAAUUACAGGUUGUGAGCUAAAAAAGGUUAACCUCACAUCAAUGAGAAGAUAAGGGAGUGUAGAUGAGACAAGACGGCUCUAAUAUUAAACUAAAUUGUUAAACAUGAGACAAGUCAAUGAAUGUGAAAAAACAUUUUUACUGUAGUUUAUAAUGUACAUGUAAAGAAUUUGGUUAAUUUAAGUAACUGUGGGUUGAAUUAAAUUGUGUAUGCUAAAAACUUGGGGCUUGAGCUUGAAAAUAGUGUUAAUGAAAAGAGAAAGAUACUGAUAUCAGAAUAAAAAAAACUGUAAAAAC